GGUGGUCAGAGACUUCCCCAAAAUCCCCCUAAGACUUAAUUCACUAGGUCACAGAAGCAAAGCGAGAGCCAGUUAAUGUGCGAAGCGCAUUGCUGAAAGGCACCUGGAGGCCUCUACGCAAGCAAGUGGUCUUCCAGAAGGACAUCUUAGCUCCACACGAGAGUCAGUAUGGGGGCCGGCGCGAGCGCCGAGGAGAAGCACUCCAGAGAGCUUGAGAAGAAACUGAAGGAAGAUGCCGAUAAAGAUGCCAGGACUGUCAAACUUUUGCUGCUAGGUGCUGGUGAAUCUGGAAAGAGCACAAUUGUCAAACAGAUGAAAAUUAUUCACCAAGAUGGUUACUCCCUUGAAGAAUCCAUGGAGUUCAUUGUUAUUAUCUACAGCAACACAAUGCAGUCCAUUUUGGCCAUUGUGAGGGCCAUGGGCACACUUAAUAUUUCAUAUGGAGAUGCAGCUGCACAGGAUGAUGCAAGGAAGCUGAUGCACUUAGCUGACACCAUUGAAGAAGGCACCAUGCCCAAAGAGUUAGCUGACAUCAUUUUAAGGUUGUGGAAGGACUCGGGCAUCCAGGCAUGCUUUGACAGAGCUUCAGAAUACCAGCUCAACGACUCUGCUGGAUACUAUCUGAAUGACCUGGAAAGAUUGAUCAAGCCUGGCUACGUCCCUACUGAGCAGGACGUCCUGCGAUCAAGAGUCAAGACCACCGGUAUCAUCGAGACUCAGUUCUCAUUUAAAGACCUCAACUUCAGGAUGUUUGAUGUGGGUGGUCAGCGUUCAGAGAGGAAGAAGUGGAUCCAUUGUUUUGAGGGUGUGACCUGUAUCAUCUUCAUUGCUGCUUUGAGUGCAUACGACAUGGUGCUGGUGGAAGACGAUGAAGUGAACCGAAUGCAUGAGAGUCUCCACCUGUUCAACAGUAUCUGUAACCAUCGCUACUUCGCCGCCACAUCCAUCGUGCUUUUCCUCAACAAGAAGGAUGUUUUCUUGGAGAAAAUCAAGAAAGCUCAUCUGAGCAUGUGCUUCCCUGAUUAUGAUGGUCCCAACACCUUUGAAGAUGCCGGUAACUACAUCAAAGUGCAGUUUUUAGAUCUGAACCUGAGACGGGACAUCAAAGAAAUUUACUCCCACUUGACCUGCGCCACAGACACAGAGAACGUCAAGUUUGUGUUUGAUGCCGUAACAGACAUUAUCAUCAAGGAAAAUCUUAAGGACUGCGGUCUCUUUUAAAGAGAGAGGAGUGUAUUCUUGAUUAUUCAACAACAUUCAAAAAUGACACGCUGUCCCC